UCCUUUGUGUAAACCCCUUUCCUUCAAAUGGUGUUAGGAAACCAAAAUGGCUGAUAUUUUUAUCGAGUAGUCAGUUGUUGAUAGUUUCCUUCAAAUAUCGCGAGUGUGUUUAUUAUUGUGAAUAUCAGGGAUUUGAAAUGUUACUGACAUCAAUAGCCAAGUGUGAUCAAUGGCAGAAUGAGCUUGAAUGCAUGUGAAAUCCAGUGUGAAGUGUUCAAUAUUGUGUCUAAACCUUCAGCGUUUUAGCCUAUUUAGUAUACAUUUGAUCUAGAAUACACGGUAAAUUGUUUGGUCGUUUUUGAACAGAAUUGGUCGUAAGGACACAUUUUAACUUUUGAAAGAGAAUUUUUAUUUUACACGUCUUUAUUUUAAGUUAUGGAUCAAGCCAUCUUACCAUGGUGAAUUAAGGAAUUUGCAUUUAUUUUUCAGAUGUGAAGUGACUGCACUCUGAGACAAGGCCAUGACGGAUACACGGAGGCGAGUCAAGCUGUAUGCGCUCAACGCAGACCGCCAGUGGGAUGACAGAGGAACGGGCCAUGUCUCAUCCAACUACGUUGAAAGACUUAAAGGCAUUUCACUUCUUGUCCGAGCUGAAGCAGAUGGGUCCCUUCUGUUGGAGUCCAAAAUUCAGCCUGAUACAGCCUAUCAAAAACAACAGGAUACACUCAUUGUUUGGUCUGAAGGGGACAAUUUUGAUUUGGCUCUCAGUUUUCAAGAAAAAGUCGGCUGUGAUGAAAUUUGGGAGAAGAUUUGUCAGGUGCAAGGUAAAGACCCGUCAGUGGAGAUCACCCAGGAUAUUGUGGAAGAGUCGGAGGAUGAGAGGUUCGAUGACAUGUCUGACUCUGCUCCGCCCAUUGAACUGCCACCUUGUGAACUCAGCAGACUAGAGGAGAUCAGUGAGCUCAUAGCGAGUUGUCUGUCUUCACCUCUGCGCAAGGAGAAGCUUGCCGCUGCCAUUGAAAAUGAAAACUACAUCCGCAAACUUCUCAAUCUGUUUCAUAUGUGCGAGGAUCUUGAAAACGCUGAAGGACUUCAUUACCUCUAUGAAGUGUUUAAAAACAUUUUUUUACUGAACAAAAAUGCGUUAUUUGAAGUGAUGUUUGGAGAUGACACAAUAUUUGAUGUUGUGGGUUGCCUGGAAUACGACCCAAGUCUACCAGCACCAAAGCGACACCGUCAGUACCUUAAGACGUGUUCAAAGUUCAAAGAGGUAAUACCAAUGAGCAACCCCGAACUGUUGGCCAAGAUACACCAAACUUACAGAGUCCAGUACAUUCAAGAUGUUGUUCUGCCCACCCCUUCCGUCUUUGAGGAUAAUAUGCUAUCAACACUGUCCAGUUUCAUAUUUUUUAACAAAGUUGAGAUUGUAAAUUUAAUUCAAGAAGACGAAAAGUUUUUAAGUGAUUUAUUCAGCCAAUUAACAGAUGAGUCGACGCUAGAUUCUAAAAGAAGAGACCUGGUAUUGUUUUUAAAAGAAUACUGUAACUUCUCACAAAAUCUCCAGCCACAAGGAAAAGAAACAUUUUAUAAGACACUGUCUUCUUUGGGAAUUUUACCUGCACUGGAAAUCACCCUGUCCUCUGAGGAUAUUCCAACAAAGACUGCAUCAAUAGACAUCUUGACAUACAUCGUAGAGUUCUCUCCAUCAGUGGUGCGGGAAUACACGCUACAGCAAACCUCCAGCUCUGAUGAGGAGCUAAUACUACUGAAUGUAAUUAUCGAACAAAUGAUCUGUGACACGGACCCAGAGUUGGGCAGGGCGGUACAGCUGAUGGGUAUCCUGAGAAUACUGAUCGAACCAGAGAACAUGCUGGCCUCCAUUAAUAAGACAGAGAAAACUGACUUUCUCAACUACUUCUACAAACACACAGUAUACACUUGCUCAUAGGUAAGUUUGUUGUGC